AUGGCCGGAGGAGGAGGCGACGAGGAGCUGAAGCUGCUGGGGUCGUGGGCGAGCCCGUACGUGGCGAGGGUGAAGCUGGCGCUGCACCUCAAGGGCGUCCACUACUCGUACGCCGAGGAGGACCUCGCCGACAAGAGCGACCUCCUCCUCCGCUCCAACCCGGUGCACAAGGCGGUGCCCGUGCUCAUCCACAACGGCAGGCCCGUCUGCGAGUCGCAGAUCAUCAUGCAGUACCUCGACGAGGCCUUCCCCGGCGUCGGCCCGCGCCUCCUCCACGCCGACCCCUACGAGCGCGCCGUGGCCCGCUUUUGGGCCGCGUUCGUCGAGGACAAGCUGCUGGCGCCGUGGGGGAUGGUGCUCAGGGCGGGGACGGACGAGGAGAGGGCGGAGUGGAAGAGGCAGACAGUGGCGGCGGUGGGUACGCUGGAGGAAGGCCUCAGGGAGUGCUCUGGUGGCAAUGGGUUCUUUGGAGGAGAGCGUGCCGGCUAUGUUGAUGUCCUGCUUGGUGGUAUAGUGCCGUGGGUGCGCGCCACCGAGAAGCUCUCCGGCGACAGGUUCUUCGACGCCAGCGAGGCGCCGCUGCUGGCGGCCUGGAUGGAGCGCUUCGGCGAGCUCGACGCCGCCAAGGCAGUCUUCCAGGACGUCGACGCGCUGGUCGAGUACUCCAGGGCGUUGCAGGCACGGCUUGCCGCCGCGGCUGCAAGCACCUGA